AUGCUCACUGCUCUACUAUCACUUCACGACCUCGCAACUACGCCUGGGAAGCACGCAGAAACCGACCAAUUGAUUUACAAAGACUCACACCGGCCCAUUCAGACGCUCGCCGACCCGUUUAAACGCUCGCCGACCCGUUCAGACGCCCCCGACCCAUUCAGACGCGCGCCGAUCCGCUCAGACGCUCGCCGAUCGGCUCAGACGCUCACCGACCCGCUCAGACGGUCGCCGACCCGCUCAGACGCUCGCCCACCCGUUAAGACGCCCCCAACCCAUUCAGAAACCCCGCCAAUCCUUUCAGACGCUCUGCAACGACUAAGCAGCCAAUUAAUCAACUUCCAGACUAUCAAACAGCGAGAUCAUUGGAGUGUGUCAUCAUGGGAAAAAAGAAAAGGUAUGGACUCACAUCUAUUCACAGGGACAUUGAUACUGAUCGAUAUUUCUCUUGAACAACUUGAGUGGAAGGACGGGUCCGUGAUUUGGCAUCGGGUCAAAUACGAACCUCACAACCUCUAUCCAAACAUCCCUUGGGUCAAUGACAAACCAACCCGUAUUCCAACUGCCGCCGAAAUCGCAUCCGCACACAAACAAGUCAGAUCAUACCGAUUUCUCACCUCCGGACUCAACGUGAUCAAGGAUCCUCUUGACAAAAAGUCUGUGAUAGCCAUUGUCGAAUUCACACCCGUCAAAGAGCUCACUAGUUCUCAAAUCGAAGAUCUCAACUACUCAUAUGAUGAGGACCAGAUUGUAGGCCGAUACAUCAAGGCAUUCAACGAAACUGAAAUGCGGGCCUUUGAUGAACAUUACGUCAAGUCUUCUAAAGUUGGUCAAAUAAUCGGAAAUCUCUUCAAGGAUCUUGCUCACACUCCAUUCCAAGACAAUCAAGACCUCAUGAAGAAGUAUAAUAUCCCCUCCUUUCCAGACCUUGCUUACGGUGAACUUCCACAAGAGUCUACCUGCACUCCUCAUAUUACGUUUACUACCAAUGGGUUUUUUAAUCCUCCGCACAAAGACACCGAGGAUAUCUCUCAAUUUGCUUUCGUCUUGUUUCUUCCAACUCGCACUUCUGAUUACACUUUAGUAGACUCUUCCAAGUAUGACAUCAAAUCGGGGCCUUUUAUUUUCCCUGAUCACCAUAAUCUGGAGCGAAUCUUGGAAGAGGAGGAUGAAGAUGCUGCAGAUGGAUUGGUAGAGGAAAGCGAUGCUGGUGACAAUACGGAUAGCGAUAUUUAUAACGAGGAUGAGGAUGACGUGGUAGAGGACGAUGAUGUGGUAGAGGACGAUGAAUAUUCUGAACCGUAG